UCGAGGCAAGAAAAGUGGAGAAUGUUUUCUCCAGCAUAUCAUGAUCAGGUAUAUUUUCACCACAUAAUUUCAACUGAGAAAUAAUUUUAAACAUGGCAGAAUUAUACGCACAAAUAGAUUUAAAAUCUUGUAGCCUUAAAUGGAUCCAAUCAAAACGUGCUUGUUGAAGCACAACCAUCUUCAGGUGGUCAUAUCUAUCUUUCAAAUUAUGCCACAACAUAAGAGGAUCUUUAACAGUGAGAUAUUCCAUUUUCAAGAUCUCAUCAAGGUGAUGGCGGAAUCAUUGUCUUGGCAUGGUCUUGAUUCGAUGCCUGAUUUUUACCGUUGAUGGUGUCUGCCAGACUCAUCGCAUCAAGAUCAAGAUGAAUUUCGCCAUCAAGAACCCAAGACAGGUUGCCAGAUAUAUCUAAGACAACAAAUUCACGUUUAGAAAGAUUUGCUGUUAAUUAAGAAAAAGAAAGUCAAUACAUUCGAGGCCUUCAGAGUAUUUGCUCGAGAUGACAGAGUCUCGUGCUGAUAAUGUGUUAUAAAAUAAAGGCAGUAAAAGUAAAUACACCAAAGAUAAUUAAAGAGGCUGAUAUAUUAUUCAACCUUUAACUUAAGAGAUAUUUCAUUGUCUAUAUAAUUUCUACAAAUGGACCUCCUAUUUAUAGGAGGAAUAUAGGAAUUGUUUUGGGCCCAAGUAACCAAGUAUACAAAAUGGACGACCAUAUUAUUUACAACAUGUAUAUGAUAUUUGUUAUUGAAUUAUUUGAAAUAUAUAUUUAUUAAUUUGCCUGUUUUGAUAAUUUUUUGGAAUUAAAAAAAGAACCUUUCAUAUUGCCAAAAAUUACUCACGGUUAAGCGUCUAUGCUACAACUACAAGUAAAAAAUAGCAGUAGAUCCUUUCAAAUCUUCCAUUUCAAAAGCACACGGAUCGCAAUCCGUGUCAUCCCUCUAACCCAAAUCUUCACCGUUCCUAAAAAUCAAAUCCUACGGUCUACAACUCCAUAUUCUAACCCGCCGAAAACUUUCCCCAAAAUUUCAAAUUUUCCUCCCCAAACAAAUCUCUAAAAAAAUCCCCCCCAAAACAUCCCUCAAACCUAUAUAUACACAUCUCUCUUUUGCACCAAUAUUUUUUUUUUUUUUUUGCUAUCAUUCAAACUUGUAUCAAUGGCAAGAACAAAGCAAACAGCACGAAAAUCGACAGGAGGAAAAGCACCAAGAAAACAAUUAGCAACAAAAGUCACAAGGAAAUCAGCACCAGCUACUGGAGGAGUGAAGAAACCUCACCAUUUCCGUCGUGGAACUGUUGCUCUUCGUGAGAUCCGUAAGUACCAGAAGAGUACUGAGCUUUUAAUCAUAAAGUUACCGUUUCAAAGACUUGUUAGAGAAAUAGCACAUGAUUUCAAGACUGAUUUGAGGUUCCAGAGUAGUGCUGUGGCUGCACUUCAAGAAGUAGCUGAGGCGUAUUUGGUGGGUUUAUUUGAGGAUACUAAUUUGUGUGCGAUUCAUGCUAAGAGGGUGACCAUUAUGCCUAAGGAUAUUCAGUUGGCUAGGCGUAUUAGGGGUGAAAGGGCUUAAUUAAUUUGUUGUUCUGGAUUAGUGUUGUAAUGUUCAUGGUGAAAGUGGGAGAUAGGUGGGUUUAAUUGUUUUUGCUUGAAUUGUAAUGUAACUUUUGGAAAUGAAAAUCAAAGUUCCUCAACUCUCUUGUUUUCAUGUAUGAUUAAAUUUGAUUCUAUUCAUGUAGAAUGACACAAAGUAUCAUCCGUUGAAGCAUCUAUUAGUUUCUUCCACUCGUUUGAUUGAUUCUUCUAUAUUUUUAUUUGUUUUUCUAGUUAUUCGAUAUGUCCAAACGCUGCAUAACAAUAGUCCUUCAAUCUAAAUCAGAAUAAAAAAAGCAAAAUACUCCCUUUGGUCCAAAUAAUU